AUGGAGCGACUCGAUAGCCACGACACAGCGCAGAUGCUGUACUACCCGGAUGACGCCUACAUCCGGGGCAUUAACAAUGCCGCCCUGGCGAUGGCGACCUUCCAGCAGAAGCCGAAGCUAUGGAGCAAAAACAUGUUCAAGUUAUACUGGGCCAUUGCGGUCGCCACGCUCAACUCGUGCAUCAACGGGUACGACGGCUCGCUCAUGGGCUCGAUCAACAGCUACAGCCAGUACCGGGAGUACUUUGGCUUCGAUCCGGAAGCCGGCACGCCCUCGACGGGGAUCGUAUACGCCAUCUACACCAUCGGGAACAUCGUGGGGUCGUUCUGCGCUGGGCCGUUUACCGAUUUUAGGGGACGACGCGUGGGCAUGGCGCUCGGCGCCUUCUUCAUCAUCAUCGGCACCAUCGUCCAAGCAACCUGCACCAACCUCGCCGGCUUCAUGGUCGGCCGCUUCAUCCUCGGCUUCGGGGUCGCGACCUCCGCCACCGCCGGCCCAGCCUACGUGUCUGAGAUCGCGCACCCGUCGUGGCGCGGCUCCCUAACAGGCCUGUACAACGUGCUGUGGUUCGCCGGCGGCAUCCCGGGGACGUUUAUACCCUGGCGCACGAGCAUGAUCGAGGGGACGAUGAGCUGGCGGAUCCCGGUGUGGGUGCAGAUGGUGUUUUCGGGCUUGGUGCUGGGGCUCUGCUGGACCAUUCCUGAGAGCCCCCGGUGGCUUGUGUCUCGCGACAAGCACGAGGAAGCCAUCCGCGUGCUGGCCACGUACCACGGCGACGGCGACCGCAACGCCCCGCUCGUGCAGCUCGAGUACCGCGAGAUGGUCGAGGAUAUCUCCAACACGGGCGCCGACAAGCGCUGGUGGGAUUACCGCGAGCUGUUCAACUCGCGCGAGACGCGCUACCGCUCUAUGCUGGUUAUGUUCACGGCCUUCUUCGGGCAAUGGUCCGGCAACGGCCCCGUCUCGUACUACUACCCGCAGAUGCUCGCCGGCGCAGGGAUAACCUCCAACUCGACACGACUGCUCCUGCAAGGCCUGCAGAACGUCUGCCAGUUCGUGGGUGCCAUCUUCGGCGCGCUACUGACAGACCGGAUGGGGCGGCGCGCGCAGCUCCUCACCUCGACAGGACUAAUGGUCCUCAUCUUUAGCAUCAUCACGGCGCUGAACGCCGCAAACGUCGAGACGGUUGAUGACAGCGGCACCGUCAUCGCCAAGAGCGCGGUGGUGGCGCGCGCGCAGAUCGCCAUGAUCUUUAUCUUUGGGUUCGUGUACUCGGCCGGCUGGACGCCGAACCAGGCGAUGUACCCCGUCGAGUGUCUGCGGUACGAGUCGCGGGCGAAGGGGAUGGGGAUGAACAACUUCUUCAUUAACAUUGCCAACUUCUACAAUACGUUUGUGACGGGGAUCGCGUUCACGAGGGCCGGGUGGCGGUAUUACCUGCUAUUUAUCUUCUGGGAUGUGCUGGAGUUGGUGGUGAUUUGGUUUUUGUUUGUGGAGACGUCGCGGCGCACGCUCGAGGAGCUGACUGCUAUCUUUCAGUCGAGAAAUCCAGUCAAGGCGUCGCUGGUCCGGGAUGAGGUGUUGGUUCCGCAGGUGGAGCAGGAGGUGGAGAUGAGGAGGAAGAAUUACUAUCGGAGGAAAUAUGAUUAUUGA